UUUUUUUUUUUUCACCUGAGAAACAGGACUUAAGAGAUAAAUAGUCUUUUUUUCUCUUAGUUUUUUUUUCUCCGGUGACCGUCGCCGCACGGUUCACCGUCGACGGGAAAAUUAGGGCUAAUUUUUGGGAAUUUCGAAAAAACGUUCUAAUUUUCCAAUUGAAAAUUUUGAUGAUAGUGUUCAUGAGUGUGUGUUGGUAUUAUUUGAAUUCGUUUCGAAAAAAAAUAAUUUGAAAUUAGGUCGAAAUUUCAGGCGAAUAUAUUGUUGAUGAUUUUGAGGAAUUGUAUUUGUGCCUAAGAUAUGAUAUUAGGUAGAUUAGUGAAAAGAGGUUGGCUGAUUUGGUUUCCAUGUUGUAUGACGAUGGAUGAUAAUAAUCAAAUUAGUUCUUUGGAAGAUAGUAUCAUUCAUCAAUGCAAAAACGCCAAUUCUCCAGCACAAUUUGCCAACAUUUCUCUUAAAACUGAUAGCAGCAGAAGGAGAUACAUAGCUACAGAAAUAGAAAAGUUUGGAAAAGGGAACAUUUCAGCUCAAGCCUUCACGUUCCGUGAGUUGUGUCUUGCAACUCAAAACUUCGACUAUGAAUGUUUGCUUGGUUCAGGUGGUUUCGGGAAAGUGUACAAAGGCCACAUUAAAAGCAAGAAUAUGGCUGUUGCUGUGAAGCAACUUGACAGGAAUGGUUUCCAAGGAACUAAAGAGUUUCUUGUGGAGGUCCUACUGUUGAGUCUUCUCCGUCACUCUAACCUUGUCAAUUUGAUAGGAUACUGUUCAGACGGUGAUCAGAGAAUAUUAGUCUACGAGCUCAUGCCAAAUGAUUCUUUAGAAGGUCACCUUCUUGAACUUGGUCCAGAUCAAAAGCCUCUUGAUUGGUAUACAAGGAUGAAAAUUGCAGCUGGAGCAGCAAGAGGACUUGCAUACUUGCAUGAAACGGCUAAUCCUCCGGUGAUUUAUCGGGACUUUAAAUCAUCCAACAUACUUUUAGAUGAGAAUUUUGAUCCCAAGCUUUCUGAUUUUGGACUUGCCAAGCUAGGACCAACAGGUGACAGGUCUCAUGUGUCCACCAGGGUCAUGGGAACCUAUGGUUAUUGUGCACCUGACUAUGCUUGCACAGGUAAAUUGACCGUUAAGUCCGAUGUUUAUAGCUUUGGUGUAGUCCUUCUAGAAAUAAUCACAGGAAGAAGAGUCAUCGACAGCUCCAGACCCAGCGAAGAAAAGAACCUCAUCAAGUGGGCACGACCACUGAUCAGCGAUAAGAAGUUGCACUUAAUUGCAGAUCCAUUGCUACGAGGGAACUACCCGAGGAAGGCAUUGGAUAAAGCUCUAACAGUUGCAGCAAUGUGCCUGCAAGAGGACGCCAGUACGCGACCAUUAAUCAGUGAAGUAGUGACUGCUUUAGACUAUAUAUUGAAUAUCAAGAAACACGACGAUGGUCGUAAGGAGGAAACUGCAGAUGAUACUUAUAAAUCUCCACCUGCAUUGCAAACUAUUACAAGUCAUGUCGAUCGUAUUUCAAGUAAUAAACCCAAAUGUGUUAGAGAAAGAUACUAAAUCCGUUUUCUGGGCACGAAACACUUGUAUUUCUGAGUGUUUUUUCUGGGUUUUGUGUAGUGUUUGUCAGUAUGAAUGUCCAUAGAUUUCUUAUAUACAGGUCAUCGAGUUACAUUGAUAAUGUAAAAAUUCUUUAUUCAGU